AUGCUGGUGCUGAUUCUGGUGUUGGUGUUGGUGCUGCUGCUGCCCCACAAUGUUGUCUGCGGGAUGCCCAAAGCAAAAUGCCCAUUGAACCUGAUCAACGAUCUACAUGGACCAUGGAAUUAUUACAGGCCAGGAGACUACCUAAUUGGCGGGAUCGUAUCUCUGAAGUCUACUUAUCUGCACCCAGUCACCUUUAAGGAACCUCCUGUCACCAGAAUAAAAUACGGGUCAAACACAAAAUACGGAGUCAUCUUGUCCUUCCUGCUCGCCAUUCAGGAGAUCAAUCGGAAUCCCAGGAUCUUGCCCAACAUCUCUCUGGGCUACGACAUCUACGACAACUAUUUUGAUGCAAGGCUGACUUACGAUGGCAUGUUGGACCUGCUCUUCCUGGGGAAGGAGAAUAUUCCAAACUACCACUGUGGAGGUCCAAAGAACCUGCUGGCAGUUCUUGAAGGGUCUGAGUCUCAAAUCCCCAUCCAGAUCUCCAGUCUGCUGGGCAUCUCCAAAAUCCCACUGAUCAGUUACGGGCUCAUUUCCCAUGUUCUUCAUGAUCCAGCUCAGUUCCCUUUUCUCUACCGGAUGGUUCCAAAGGAGGAAAAACAAUACAUGGGGAUUGUCAAACUGCUCCUGCAUUUCCAGUGGACAUGGAUCGGUCUCUUUGCACUAAAUACUGAUAGUGGAGAACAAUUCAUGAAGAUCUUCCCCCCUCUGGCCAGCAGCAGUGGCGUUUGUGUUGCUUUCUCACUGAGUAUCCAACUUCACACCUUCCUGAGGAAGGUCCCUCUUUACAACACCUCCAUGGGUGAAGCGUAUUGGGAUGAGAAUGGGGGUGUCGCAGUGGAUUUUGAUAUCGUGACAUGGAUGGGAUUCUCCAAUGGGUCUGCUGCUGGAGUGAAAGUGGGGAGUGUAGAGAGACAGGCUACCCCAGAUCUAAAAAUCACCAUCAACCAGGAUGCCCUUGUGUUCCCCAAGAGGCUGAACCAGUUGGUGCCCCGUUCCAGGUGUACCAAAAGCUGUCAGCCUGGGUAUGCCAAAAAGACUCAGGAAGGGAAGGCAUCUUGCUGCUAUGACUGUGAUCCAUGUGCCAAAGGGACAAUCUCCACACAAGAAAAUGCAGAGCAUUGUGACAAAUGCCCAGAAGAUCAGCAUCCAAGCAAGGACCGAACUCGAUGUAUCCCAAAGACUACAACCUUCCUCUCUUACGAAGAACCUUUGGGGAUCAGCUUAGCUGUCUUUCCUCUCUUCUUGUCCCUAAUCACUGGUUUUGUUUUAGGACUCUACAUUAAGUACCAGGAUACACCAAUAGUCAAAGCCAACAACCGGGGCCUCACCUACAUUCUCCUUGUUUCCCUCCUGCUUUCCUUUCUCUCCUGCUUUCUAUUCAUUGGCCAGCCAGGAGAGGUGACCUGCCUUCUCCGACAAACUGCCUUCAGCUUCAUCUUCUCAGUUGCUGUCUCUUCUGUGUUGGCCAAAACCAUCACUGUGGUGGUGGCUUUCAUGGCCACAAAGCCAGGAAAUACAAUGAGGAAAUGGCUGGGGAAGAGUCUGCCCAACUCCAUUGUCGUUUCUUGUUCUGCUGUCCAAGUUAUCCUCUGUGCUCUCUGGCUGGGAAUCUCCCCACCCUUCCCAGAGUCUGACAUGCACUCCCAGCCUGCACACAUCGUCCUACAAUGCAAUGAAGGGUCUGUCGCCAUGUUUUAUGGUGCCCUGGGCUACAUGGGCUUCCUGGCUGCCAUCUCUUUCACGGUGGCUUUUCUGGCCAGGAAGCUGCCCGGGGCCUUCAAUGAAGCCAAGCUGAUCACCUUCAGCAUGCUGGUGUUUUGCAGUGUCUGGGUGUCCUUUGUGCCCACCUACCUGAGCACAAAGGGGAAAUACAUGGUAGCUGUGCAGAUCUUCUCCAUCUUGGCCUCCAGUGCUGGCUUGCUGGGUUGUAUCUUCUUUCCCAAGUGCUACAUUAUUAUCAUGAGGUCUGAUCUGAAUACCAAGGAGUAUCUAAUGUCAAAAGUAAACCGAUUAAAUUAA